GGUUUGUCUUCUGAGAUGACUUCUAGAAUGUGGACUUGUGUCAGAUCUUUCACCUCACUGAAGCAUCUUACCAUCUCAGACUCAUCUCUCAGUUUCCCUCCAUCACCUCCUGAGCCGCUACCAUCGGUCACAAAACUAUCAGUCAAUAGAGUGACGUCACAGUGCUACGAAGGUCUGAUAUCAUCGCUCCCUGGUUUAGUAGAUAUUGAUAUCACUGUCGAUGACGCAGAGGGAGACAUAUCCCAUAUCACUGCUGGUAUUUAUCGGACUGGAGGGCAGAAACUUACAAGCAUCCAUCUUUGUGGUCCAUCUUCACUUUCACCAGAGAGGAGCCGUGUAUCGAGCGAGACAAUAAAAGGACUGGGUCUGGUCAUCAAAGAACAUACACAGAACCUGAAGAAGCUCCAUCUGCGAUGGCUGAAGUGUACAGACGAGGGUGACUUUGUUUACCUAAUGGAGUGCUGCAGACGUGUGAAGACCAUGAGAUACGUUUCUAUCGCUAUGGUGUGA